AUGCAGAGCUGGCAAAUCUGCGCCAUCGUGCUGCUAGCCAUCCACCUGGCGCGCGUCCAGCUGCAGCGCUUGUCCCACUACCGACACAUUCAGAAGCGCUAUGGUGGACGCUACUUCCUCCCCAGCACGGGCGCCAACGCUGGCAAGCCGCGCAUGAUCGAUUCAUAUCAAGGCGUGCGUGACGCCCAACGAAUCUUACGUCUCUCCGCUAGCAUGGACUUCCCGUUCACUUUCACAAAGUCGCUCGAGUUCGCCCUCUUUCGCACCUAUGGCAUCCCGACCAUCUCGUCGCUGCUGCUGCACACUGGUCAGCUCGGCAAGGCCGAAAACGCUGGUCGUCGGUAUGUGGAUACUUCCAGCUUGAUUCAAGCGUUCAUGGCGUUUCCCGUGCCGCGGUUCGACUUGCCCGACGGCGCCGAGUCUGUCAAAGAGGACGAAGGAGGCGUAAACUGGGAACACUACGGCGAAGAUCCCGACGAUCCGCGUUCCUCCAUCGCUCUGGCCAGAGUCAACUUCCUGCAUGGCAGAUGGAAGAGUAAGAUCUCGAAUGACGACCUCGUCUACACGCUCAGCACCUUCGUGAAGGAACCCGCCAAGUGGAUCGACCGGUACGAAUGGAGACAAAUGAGCGCUCUCGAGAAAGAAGCGCUUUUUGCGAUCUUCUAUCACAUCGGCCGCUGCAUGGGCAUCAAAGACAUCCCCGACAGCCUCGACGACUUUCUGGAAUGGAGCGAGAACUACGAACGCAACUACAUGCACUUCCAGCAGUGCAACAGGGAUGUCGCGGAUCACACGACCAAUCUGCUCAUGUAUGCGCUGCCCUCGUUCCUUCACGGCUUUGCCCGGAAGCUGGUGGCGUCGUUGAUGGACGAUCGCCUCAUACAGGCGAUGGGCUACCCUCGUGCGCCGGGCUGGGUUGUGACGCUCAAAGAUGCGCUCUUUGGAGUCAGAGCGUUCAUGACACGUACUCUGAUGCUUCCAAGAAGUAAGCCGCUGAGCAAUUUGCCCAUCGCAGCCAACGAACAGGGAAACGUGUUCUCGGUCGAAAACUUGCUUUCCGAUGGCAUUCCCGCCGUCUGCCCCGCCUCUGGCGCUCGUGCUCAGGACGGCAAAGUGUGCCCCGUCGGUGGUCACCUUCACACUGACGCUCCAACGACCACUGCCGAAGAAAAGAAGUUCAAGCCAGCACCGUGGCGCAUGGAGCUGUCGUGGUACGAGAACGAACCCGUCUACGCGCGGCCCUUCCCGCCUCGCUCUGCCGGAUGGUGGGCCGAGGAAGUCAAGAUUGCACUUGGCCUCUUGAAGCGAGAGGACAGAAGAGGUGCAGCGAAGUGGAUGCCCGUCACGCUGCCCGUGCCCACGAAAGCGCAGAGCGAGAAUGCAGAGGGCGAGCCGGUUCAAGGUUUCGGUGGAUUCAGGCUGGAAGAACUCGGACCGAAAGGUUUGGAGCUCAAGGGUCGCAAAGAGGUUCUGGAGAAUGCCGAAAAGCUGUACGGUGGCAAGAUCGAGGGCAGGUGGGGCUUCGAUCCCUAA